AUGACCCUGAAAUUCUCACCAGAUGCCACAAGCACUAUGCAGCACCACAAGCACUACUGUCUGGAGGUCUCCGACAACUGCUCACCCACCGUUGAUCAUUGUAUUAUUCGCAGUGCUAGUGUUGGUGCACUUGACGAAGCCAUGAUGCAGGCGCUUGAACACGACAGGAAUAAAUGGGUUCACAUAUUGACAGUGCGGUCUUCGGGACUCCAACAAUGGGCUGACGGCGCGACGUGGACUUGGGGAGUCCGUGCCUCCGGGUGGAACUAG